AUGCUGCCGGAGUCGGAGAGGCAAGGGAGACUAGGUAACCAGCAUGAACAUGCUGCAGACCCAAAGGUCGUCGAGUCGCAUUCCCAUAAGUCAUUGGAAGGUCAAGCCCGACGCGCUUCGACUCGACCAGUAGCCGAAGCACUUCCCGAUGGUCUUCAUGAACAAGUCAUCGACGGGUCGAACGAGCUCCCAAUCCACUAUGUGAGCAAUUCAGCGCGGCGGCGACACAAAGUGUUCGUCGAGGACGAGCCUCUAAUUGACACCACCGCUGCACUGGCCAAACACUCCAAGAAGACGGCUCGAUUGCAGAAGCGGCAACAGAAGAAGCAGGCACGAAGAGUGCACUCGGAGAUCCAGUCUUUUCUGGACUUCCCGCAAGAACUCCUAUUGAUGAUUUUGGGUUUCCUCGAGCCAAGCGAGAUUCUCACCAUGCUGCGUCUCAACAGGUCGAUACGCGCAUUGAUUACAGAUAACGAGCGAGCCAUCGCCGACGACGUCAUGAGGCAUCGCUACUGGGUGUUAAAACAGUGCUUUCCUCUACCGGUACCAUUGGAGAUGGUGCCUCUCGUGGCUCGACCAGCAUUGAUGAGUGAACAGUGGCAGGAUCGGCUGCGGAUCCACAAGAAUCCAUACCAACACAUCAAACACAUCGAUCCCUCGCAUACGUGCACUUGCAUGAGCUGUGUCCUUGCCUGGAACAACCUGAAUAUUAUCCUUGACCUUGCGCACUGGCAGCAGAACCUCGCAACCCGCGUGCCAUUACCUAUAAUACCUCGCGGUACAAAUCCGGAAUGGAACGUCAAUUUACUUGAACGACAUGCCGGCAUUGUCACAAAGGCAAUGAAGAGUCCGCUCAUUUAUGCGCGGAUCCUGCAAAUACACCUUGAUACCACAACCCGCACCAUCAUUCGCUCAGGCAACUGGCGGAAGAAAGGCGAGAAGAGCGGUGCUGUCAAACCGCGAACUUAUCACCUCACCGAUGCAGAGGCCGCGGCCGGCACUGACGAGUUUCUCGAAAGAAGCGGUCCUCCAAGCUAUCAACCAAUCUACAUGCGUGACAACUAUUACUCUGUCGAGGCUUUCGUGCCAAACCGCAAGUGGGGCAAGGAGGAACAGAAGUGGUUCUACUACGCCAAAUGGCCUCGGCCGCAUGAAAACGACUUGAACUGGCUCGCCGCAAGGUUCACUCCGAAAACGGAGCCGAAAGCCCAUGAGCCGCCAUCGGGCAAUGGUACGGAACAAAGCGAUGGAGGCUUCAGCUUGCCAAACGGAACUACGCCACGUCAGCCUGCUCGGUUGAUGGAGGUCACAUUUUCCUGGGACGCGAAGCCCGAGUCCGGCUCGUGA